CUUCGUAGGUAUAGGAGAAGACGACAAGAUGGUAAGAAAGGCUUUCGUGAGCGAUAGGAUGUACAUGGACGAAGCGGAAGGGUUCUUAUUACAACACGCACUCUUCUCACCACCUAGAGCAUGGCCACCCACAGCACCUCCACCCGUCGACCAAUCUACACGAUUAGCAGCUGGAAAGAAGAAGAUGGAUUGGGAAGAUCAAGUCAGGUUACAUCCUGAUGAACCUAUGGAUUUAUCUUGGUCGAAGAAAGAAGGAGAUGAUGAAUGUAAUAAAGAGAGAUGUGUGAUUUGUCUCAUGCCUCUGAGGGAUAGGACUAUAGUGGGUGUGUGUGGACAUGAGUUUUGUUUCGAAUGCAUAGGAGUCUGGGCGAACCAAUCACGUCGUUGUCCAUUAUGUUCAGCCGAUAUGGCUCCUUUUCUUCUCCACGAUCUAGACGCUAUAGUACCUAUCAAAUUUUACCUACCACCAUUACCUCAAAGACGUCCUCCUACCAUGACUCUACCUCUCUCCCGAUUACCGGGUUCGGGGGAAGAUCCUCGAUGGGGAGCUAGAGAAAAGGCAGAAUUGGACGAGUUGGAUUUACAAGUCGAAAGACGUAGGGAGAUUUAUAGACAUGAGUUGUAUGUGAAACACAUAGCUUCAAACCCUACAACCGGAUUCCGACCGAAUCCAUCCCCAAGAGAAAUCUCAGACGACCCACUUCUUCUCGCCCGAGCCACUUUGUUCAUGCGUCGAGAAUUGCGUGUUUGGUCACUUGUAGAUGUAGAAUAUCUCACGACUUAUAUAUUAUCUUUGAUAAAAGCUAUAGAUAUACGUUCUGAACCUGCUGUUAGAUUAUUAGCUGAUACUCUCGACACACCUGAUAAUGUUUAUCCUAGAGGAGCGGAACAUUUCGCUCAUGAAUUGUAUAAUUUUUUGAGAUCUCCUUUUAAGGAAUUGAGGAAAUAUGAUUUGAUCGCUCAGUACGACCCAAUACCCAACUCUCCACUCGAUAAAUCUCCUUUACGAUCCAUCUCUAGACAUUCUUCCAUCCCAAUUUCACCUUCUAAUUCAUUUUCAUCCCAUUCAUCACUCUUACGUUCCCCUCUUUCAUCAUUUGAAUCUUCAUACAAAAGUCAAAACUCUUCCUCUUCUUCACAAGUUGGAAGAAAUCAACAUAAACGUUCCCUCUCCUCUUCAUCAUCACAUAAACUUGAAUCCCAUCUCUCAAAUCAUGAACCUUCCACCCGAAAACGUAACUCUCAUUCCACAUACCAUGAUUCUCCACCAGUUUCAAAAAGACAACAAACAUCACCGAAAGAAUGGAGUAAACACGAUACAUUCAUACCUCCUCCAUCACCAGGAGGAAGGAAAUGGGAUGAGUCUGAUAGUUGGGUAGAUCCUGAUUAUCUUGAUUAUAUAGAGGUUCAACGUCAACGAGAAGAAGAAAGGAUGAAAAGACGACAAGCCAAAAGGGACAGAUGGCAAGUGGGAAGAAUGGGAUCGGUUACUCAAAAUGUUGUUGAACAAGAGAAAGAGAGAAUUGAAUUGUUACCUUCUCCACCUCGAACAAAUAUGGUUGAUGUUGAUACGACACAAGAAUCUACAGUGGGAAUUUUGGAUAAUGUGGAUGUUAAUUUAACAAGAUCAGGAGGGAUAAGUAUAAAAGGAGCUUCGAAUCAUGUUAAUGGACAAAAACAAAAACGUUUGACUUUGUUGGAAAGAUUAGCUAAAGCUAAAUCGGAAUCUCAAGGUUUAUCCAAUCUUCCAUCUACUACUAGUCUCAACUCCAACUCCAACUCCAACGUCCAACACGACGUAUCACACAUCUCCAUCUUAGACCAAACAAGAACCCAAGCUAUCGAACAAGAAAACCAAACAAGAACCCAGACGAUCGAAGAAGACAACGAAACAGAUAGAAAGCCAAACUCAAGAAUUGAAGAGGAGAAGGUACAAACUAAGAAAAGUUUGAAAGAAAUGAAGAGAUCAAGAAUGAAACUAAGAUUGAAAUUAGAGAAUGAAAAAGCUUCAUACAAAUUCAAAACCAAUCAAUCAAGAGCAUACGCAUUAAGAUCAAGAUUAUUAUUAUCAAAAGCUCGUAGAGCUGCAAAAGAGGAAGAUUCAAGUUUGAGAGAUUUGGAUAAGGUAGAAAGGUUUAAAGAAAUUAGAAGGAGGUUGAUGGUUUUGAAAAUGAUGCAAGCAGAGACGAUUGUUGAGAGAAGAGCUAGGGAAUUGAAAGCGAAGUUGAUGGAGAAACGGAAAGGUAAGGGGGUGGGUCCUGGAACAGGACUCGGAACGGGGCUCAGGACGGGACUUGGAUUGGGGGUGGAGGAUAUAAGUAGGAUGAUGAUGGUUGUAUAAACUAUGAUUCAAGAUAACCUAAAAUUGUCAAAGUUCCUGGAAUCGUCUAACAAGAGGGGAUUUUUCUCCCUCAUGAGCGAUUAUGAUCUCAUGAACGACUUUUGAUAAAGAGAGGAAAAUAUGUAAAGAGGACUAAAGCUCAUUAUCGGAUUACAACGUUCUCUGACCAUGAUGAUUGAAGUAUUGCAGGAAUGAGGUUAUGGAAUCAGGUUAGAAUGAUAAAGUAUAAAGUAUAAAGUAUCAUUGUAAAAGUGAGAUGAACAAGAGAAAUAGGAUUAGACGGAAGAACAUGAUGGGUAAGUUGAAACAAUAACAAAUGAAUGGAUAUGGAUGUUAUGAGAUAAUUUCA